AUGGCAGCCUUGAGCUUGAAGUGUGACAUAUGCGGCGUUGCACUGCGGUCUGUGGCCGAGGCGCAGGCCCACGGGGAUGCAACGGGGCACGCCGCAUUCUCCGAGUCCACCGAGGCGGUGAAGCGGCUGGUGUGCCGGGAGUGCGGCAAGGCAUGUCGCUCCUCUAACGAGUGGGACCUGCACAGCAAGCGAACGGGGCAUGCAGAGUUCGAUGACAAGGUGGGCGGCCAGGGAAUACUGUCAGCCGGGGAGGCACCGUGCCCUCUGAUCAACCAAAACGGUCAGCCGGCGGGGGGUGGCAGCCAAGCGGAGGAGCUGGUGCCGGCAGAAGUGAAUGCGGACCUGCUGAAGCAGAUGGAGGAGAUGGGCUUCCCGGCGGCGCGCGCCACGAGGGCGCUGUACCACAGCGGCGGCGAGAACCUGGAGGCUGCGGUGGGUUGGCUGGAGGAGCACCAGGGAGACGCAGACCUGGAUGAGCCGCUGCUGGUACCAAAGAGCCAGCCCAAGAAGAAGCUGUCGCCGGAGGAGGCCAAGGCGCAGGCGGCGGAGCUGGUCCGCAAGGUGCGAGAGCGGCGGGAGCGGGAGGAGAGGGAGACGGAGCGGCUGCGGGAGCAGGAGCGCAUCAGGGCGGGCAAGGAGCUGGCGCUGGCUGCCCGCCAGGAGGAGGAGCUGCGGCUGAAGCGCAUGGUGGAGGCGCGGCAGCGGGAGAAGGAGGAGGAGGAGCGGGCUCGUGCCAAGAUCAAGGCUAAGCUGGAGGAGGACCGGCGGGAGCGGCGGCGGCGGCUGGGGCUGCCCGAGGAGCUGACUGAGGAGGAGAGGGAGGAGGAGCGGCGCAAGGUGCAGGCCAAGGUGGAGGAGGAGAAGCGGCGGCGGCUACCCAUCAAGCCAGUGGAAGUGGGCGAGAAGAUGCGCACGCUGCUUGUGGACAUGAAGAAGGCGCACCCCGGGCAGGACGAUGCGCUCAAGACGUGCUGGCAGACGCUGCUCAAGAUGUGCGGCAACAUCUACGCCAACCCAGGCGAGGACAAGUUCCGCCGCGUGCGGCUGACCAAUCCCGCCAUCCAGCAGCGCGUCGCAGCUUUCACCGGCGCCGUCGACUUCCUACACCUGGCUGGCUUCCAGCGGGAUGCAGGCGGGGAGAACCUGGAGAUGCCGGCAGACAAGGUGGACCGUGCAGUGCUGGAGGUGGCAGGAGAGCAGCUGAAUUCCGCGCUCAACAACCCCUUCUUCGGCAUUCUGUGAGCCGUUGGGCGCAAUGAAUACAAGCGGAUAGGUGGCAUGGCAUGGCAUGUACAGCGGAUAGAAGGGGGAAAUGAAUCAGCAUGAUAGCUGCGAGAAAUCAAUGAUUAAUGGUAUGCUCUUGUGGAUGGAAUCAAUGGACGUGCAGCUCAAAACUCAGUGCAUCAACGAGCGGAACAAGUACCUGGUCACGGGGCUGGGGCUCAGCUGUGUGGCGCCCCACAGUACUCGCUGUGCAGCGCCGCCAGGUAGCGCCGCCCCUGGCGCGGCCCCAUGACGCUGUACAGGUGCUGCAGCGCGCCGCGGGCGCUGAUCUGGGCCAUCCUCAGCAUCGCCGCCUCGUCUCGGCCGCCCGCCACAAGCUCCAGCUCCAGGUUGCGAGGCAGGCAGUUGGCCGGGCAGCCAUCCUUGUGCUGCCACGCCUUGACGCUCAUGGCGGCGCUGCCGCCCAGCACACACUCCCGCCCAGUCCACUCCGCCAGGUGGGCGCGCCCGCCCUGCAGCCCCGCCGCCUCUGCGUACAGCCCGCCGCCGCCGCGGCGCUCGUCCCUCCAGGCAUGCGCCUCCCAGCGCGGCGCCAUACGCGGGUCCAGCAGCGCCACCACCUUGCGCCCGCUGCGCAGCACCCGCUCGCACAGCACGCCCUCCCCGUAGUGGUCCCGCACCGCCACCAGGUAGGCACGGCGGUCGUCGUCGCCCAACUCCUUCCACGGUCGAGGCAGUGAGGGCGCCUGGCGAGGAGCGAUGCGCUGCUUGCUACGGCUAUGUGUGGAGCUUCUCCCACCGGGGAUGCUGUUGCUGUCAGAUUCAUACUUGGCAAUGCCCGAGUUAAGUGCCUGCAUCAGCUGCUCCGCGGUGCCCAAGUCUGAAAGGCGCAGCCUCCUCUGCAGAUGCCGUGUACCUCUGAGAGGCACGGUAGGCCUUUUCCGGCUGCUGUUUUGUGAUCCCACUUGCGUGGUGUCAUUGGGGGAACAGGUGGUGUCCAAAGGAGCGGGAGAGGCGACUACCGCCUGCCGCCGGCGCCAGGGCACCCUGGUUGCUGGGCUCCUCUGUACCACCUGCCCAGUGUAGGGAGUGGUCUGCAAACGGGACUGCAUCUCAACAUACCAGGCCGAUAU